CUUUUUACAUAGUUAAAAAUCCUGCAUAAUACACGUAAUUUUUUUUGUGUUUUAACCAGACCAUCUGUAAAACAAAAACAACAACAACAAAUUGUAAACAAAUCAACCGAUUCAUUUGAACAGAUCAUUUUGCAUUCUUAUUUGUUCAAUCACCCAUCAUAUGUCAUCAUCACAGAGACAACCCGUAUCACGGUCUAUAUCGCCGUCAUCAUCCACCAAUUCAAUUGGCUCAUCAUCAUCAUCUAAUAUUCAAGUGGUAGUGCGAUGUAGAGGUAGAAAUGAAAAAGAAGUAGCUGCCAAAUCUCCCAUUGUCAUCGAUUUGCCUAAUGAUAGAUAUUCCAUCAUCGAUCCCUAUAUUACCAUCAAUCCAUCCAAUAGUCCCCAUAACACCAGCAUUUCCAAUUCAUCGUCUCUACUAGAUGAAUUCAAUAAUUAUAAAACUUUCAAAGUAGAUCAAAUCUAUGGUCCUCAAGCUGAUCAAGAUCUUGUGUUUGAAAAAGUAGUAUCACCAUUAUUCAAUGAUUUCUUAAUGGGGUAUAAUGUCACGGUAUUGGCCUAUGGUCAAACUGGGACUGGUAAAACUUAUACCAUGUGUGGGAAUCCUGAAGAAUUGAAUCAAAAUUAUAAUGAAGAAUUUGAAGAUGGUGGACUUGAAUUUAAUGAUAAUGUUGGGAUUAUACCUAGAGUAUUAGUGGAAUUAUUUAAGAAAUUAAAUCGAAAUAAAGACUUUGAAGAUAAUGAUGAUGAUUUUUUAGUUAAAUGUUCAUUUCUAGAAUUAUAUAAUGAAGAUCUUCGAGAUUUAUUAGAUGAUGAUUCAGAAGAUAAUUUAAAGAAUCUUAAAAGGAAAUUACGCAUAUAUGAAGUUAAUAAUGAAAGUGGUAAUACUAAUAAAAAGAGUAUUAUGAUUCAAAAUUUGAAUGAAGAAUAUAUUAAUAAUUUCAAUCAAGGAUUUAAAAUAUUAAAACGAGGUUUAAAGAAAAGGAAAACAGCAUCUACAAAGUUAAAUAAUUUCUCAUCUAGAUCUCAUACUAUAUUCACUAUUAAUUUAUUUAAAAAAUCCAAAGUAAACGGAGAAUUAUUUAAAAUUUCAAAGAUGAAUCUUGUUGAUUUAGCUGGGUCAGAAAAUAUCAAUAAAUCGGGAGCUAUAAAUCAACGUGCUAAAGAAGCUGGAUCUAUUAAUCAAAGUUUAUUGACUUUAGGAAGAGUCAUUAAUAUUUUAAGUGAAUUUGGAGGUAAUUCUAAUACCAACAAUAACAAUCUCAAUCAUAUACCGUAUAGAGAAUCGAAAUUAACUCGAUUAUUACAAGAUUCAAUAGGAGGAUCAACUAAAACUACAUUAAUUGCAACCAUCUCACCGGCUAAGAUUAAUUUAGAAGAAACAUUAUCAACUUUGGAUUAUGCUUGUAAAGCUAAAAAUAUUAAGAAUUUACCUAUUAAUGGUCAAGAUUCUGAUUUAAUUAUGAAAAAGAUUUUAGUAAAGAAUUUAUCUAAUGAAUUAAUCCGAGUUAAUUUAGAUCUUCAAUCUACUCGAAGUAAGAAUGGGAUUUUUCUUAAUGAAGAGAAUUAUCAUGAAUUAAUUGAAAAUUCAAAUAAUUUACUGGCUAAUAUUAAAGAAAUUAAAGAUGAAAAUAUCUUAUUAAAAUUAAAAUUAAAGAAAUUCGAUGCUAUAACUUUAAAUAAUCAAAAAUCAAUUAAAUCCUUAUCGCAAGAGAUUGAUGAAUUAAAGAAAUCAAAUAAUCAAUUAUCAUUAGAGAAUACUCAAUUACAAACUAGAUUGCAUAGUAAUACUUCGAAAUUAAAUCAAUUUAAUGAUUCGUUUAGUCAAUUCAUGAAUAUUUUAAAUGAGAAUUUAUCAUUAUCGUUUAAUUCAAUCGAACCAAUCUUAACUAAUUUCAACGAUAGAAAGGACUCAACUACAUCUAAUCAAUUAUUAAAAUCGUUUCAAAAUUUUAAAUUAAAUCUUAUUGAGAAAUUAACCACGAUUAAAUUAAAUUUAAAUGAAUUAUCAACUACUGAUUUACCUCUGAUACUAAUUGAAUUCAAACAAUUAUUUAAAUCAUUGAAUGAAACAUUUGUGCUGUAUGCCACUCAUUUCGAACGGAAUAUCACUCAAUUGAAACAAAACAAUCAUCAAUUAUUAAGUUAUAUUAAAGAUAGUUCUUAUGAUCGUAGUGGUAUUGAUACUCAGAUUGAACAAUUGAUUAAAGAGAAAGUUUCGGGUCAAUUAAGUCAACUUCAACAUGAUUUUAAAACAAAUUUAAUCAGUUUGAUGAAUGAUCAUCAUAAAUCAUAUGAUUCAUUCUUGAAUGAUUCAAUCAAGACUAUUAAUCAACAAGUGAUUGAGAAUGAGAAUAAGAAAUUAUUAACUACAUCUACUAAUUGGUUUAAUGAUUCAAUAAAUUCCAUCAAUCAUUUACAAGAGGAUUAUAAAUUGAUAUCAUCCAAAAUUGAUCAUCGAUCAUUGAUUGAAGAUUCUAAGAUCAAUAGUAUUAUUAAAUUACAAGAUCAUAAUAUUCAAGAUUUAAAUAAAGUAAUGCAUUUACUUAAUAAAGAUGAUAAGAAUCAUGAUGAUUCUAUCUCCAAGGAGAUUAUGAAUUUAACCAAGUUUAACAAUUCAAUGUUAUUAAGUAAUGAUAAUCUUAAGAAUGUUAUUGUUGAUGUUAAUAAGAAUUUAACCACCAUUAAGAAUAUUGAUAAAUCUUCAAUGGGAUAUACCUCCACAUCUACAUCUACAUCCACUUCAAGGAAUGCUCGGUCAAGUUUAAGUCCUGCGAGAAUUACAAAACAAUCAUCACCAAAAAAUUCACAACCAAGUAAUAAUAAUAAUCAAAAAUCAAUAUCAUCACCUACUAAAGAAAAUAUGAAAUUAAUUUCAUCAAAGAUUCCUAAAUUAGUUAAUACUGAUUUACCUCCUCCCCAGAAAAAGAGGAAAAUACUCCACCCAAUAAACCAUUAAUCUUAUUAUUACUUCAAUUACACUUUCAAUUCCAUUAUUCCCGUAUUAUUUAACUUCUUUCCUUAUCUUCUCUAUACAUAUAGAUAAUUAUAGCAUAACAUAACAUACAUAAUAGAUCGGUAUAGAUUACGGGUUUAGAAUUGUGUAGAAAAAAA